AUAUAUAUAACUAUAUACUUACCCAUUCCUCAUCAUCUCUCUAAGCUCGCAGUUGCUCAUACUGAAAAUUUCUUUAGCUUAUCACACUUUGAAAUGGCAGCUAAACGGUUCCUUGAUGACUCCGAUCCCGACUCGAACCAACCGAAUUGCAAACGCAUAAGAUCUACUAAACCUUCAUUUGCUUCUGUCAUUAAAGAAGUGGUGAUGGUAAAUUUCCUAGAGAAUGUAUCUUCUGCCCUGGAACCGAUGCUCCGUCGAGUGGUUCAUGAGGAGGUGGAAAAUGGAUUAAGGCGUUACUCAUGCCGUACAAUAACGAGAUCUCCUUCACUAAGAAUCAAAGCAUUAGAACCAUCAAAUCUUCGCCUCAUUUUCAACAAAAAGCUCUCUCUCCCAAUAUUCACCGGAAGCAAAGUCGUCGCCGGCGACAGCGACGGCCAGAGUCUCCAAAUUCUGCUGGUGGAUACAAGCGGCGAAGGCAUGGUUCCGACGACCUUACCUUACCCUAUCAAAGUAGAACUCGUCGUACUCGACGGAGAUUUCCCUUCCGGACAAUCUGAAAUCAAUUGGUCCCGUGAAGAAUUCGACAAAAACAUCGUUAAGGAGAGAACCGGAAAGAGGCCAUUGCUUACCGGCGAACUCAAUUUCACGAUGCGUGACGGCGUCGUUUCCGUUGGGGAAAUCGAGUUUACUGAUAAUUCGAGCUGGAUUCGGAGCCGGAAAUUCAGAAUUGGCGCAAAAGUGGUUCAAAUUGGAAACAAUCAAACUACUGUUCGAAUUACAGAAGCCAUUACUGAAUCGUUUGUGGUUAAAGAUCACCGCGGAGAAUUGUACAAAAAACAUUACCCACCAGCACUAGGAGAUGAAGUGUGGCGUCUUGAGAAGAUUGGAAAAGAUGGAACUUUCCACAAAAAGCUCUCUUCAAAUGGCAUCAACACUGUACAAGAUUUCUUGAAGUUGGCCACUAUUGACACACCACAACUUAGAACUAGACUGGGAAGUGGAAUGUCUGAUAGAAUGUGGGAAGUAACAUACAAGCAUGCAAAAACUUGUGAGAUGGGCACAAAGUUAUUCAUGGCCCGUGGGCCAAACCACACUCUCAUCCUUAGUCCAAUUUGUCAAGUUGUUAGGGCAAUUAUUGAUGGGCAAAUCUAUCCUACUUGUGACUUAACAGGAAUACAAAAGGCCUAUAUCCAGAGUUUGGUGAAGGAGGCUUAUGCCAAUUGGAACUCUUUAGAGGAAGUUGAUGGUCUAGUUAAUGAGCCAGCACUACUAACUCAAGGAGAACCAAUGAUGGGUCAGUAUCCAAAUGUUAAUCAGCAGCAACAGCCAAUGAUACGAUCCUAUCAACGAAACACAAUUUUGACAGAUGUAUCUGAACAAUUAGAUGAAUUCAAUGACUGGAUGGGUAAUCCUAACUGCAUUUGAUACGCCUGCUGAUAAUAACGGCGUGGAUCUUCAGAUAGAGAAUUGUGUUUUACACAGUCAACAUAUAGAAGUUAACUGAAUUCGUCUAAAAAGAAAGACAAUGAAGGAAUGAAAAUUAUGCUUACAUGUACAUAGUGUGUAGGAACAAAAUUUUGCUCUAUAAGGGGCUGAAAAUUGCUGUAGAAGUUGCGCCACCCCUUUGUAAAAGAUGUGUGGUCUGGCAAUAGUAUUUAGAACUAUGUUUCAAUUUCUUUUUCUUUUUUAAGAUUCAAAUUUGAAUUGUCUAUUGUAGAGAGUGAUUGUUCAUUUUAAUUGAAUGAACAAAUUAAUGCACAUGUUUACUUUGAUUAUG